UGUGCCGGCGGGCGCAUGCGCACCCGGCGCAGCCAUGCGGGUGGUGGUGGGUGGUGGGACUGGCUUUGUGGGCAGAGCCCUAACCCAGUUGCUGCGGAGCCGUGGGCAUGAAGUGACCCACGUCUCUCGACAAGGGGGCAAGGAUCGGAUCAGCUGGGAAGAGUUGUCCCGCUCUGGACUGCCCCCGUGUGACGCUGUGGUGAAUUUGGCUGGUGAAAAUGUCCUCAACCCUUUCCGCAGGUGGAGUGAUGCCUUCUGCAGGGACGUCAUCAGCAGCCGGGUUGAGACCACCAAGGCCUUGGCCAAAGCCAUUGCUGAUGCUGAACAGCCACCCCAUGCUUGGGUCCUUGUCACCGGCGUAGGCUAUUACCGCCCUAGCCCCACAGAUGAGUAUACCGAGGACAGCCCUGGGGGAGAUUUCGACUUCUUCUCACGCCUGGUGAGCUCCUGGGAGGCGGCAGCUCUUAUCCCUGGGAGCCCAACUCGUGGUGUUGUGGUGAGAUCUGGGGUAGUGCUGGGCCGAGGUGGUGGUGCCAUCUCUCAAAUGCUCUGGCCUUUCCGUCUGGGACUAGGAGGCCCCUUGGGCUCUGGGCGCCAGCCCUUCCCAUGGAUCCACAUUCGGGACCUGGCUGGGAUCGUGUGUCAUGCCCUGGAGAAUGAGUGCCUGCACGGUGUCCUCAACGGUGUCUCCCCAUCCUCCCCUGCCACCUCCAAUGGCACCUUUGCUCAGGAGCUUGCUGCAGCCCUGGGGCGCCCAGCCUUGCUGCCGGUGCCUGCUUGGGCUCUGCGGGCUGUCUUUGGAGCAGAGCGGGCUGUCAUGCUGCUGGAGGGCCAGAGGGUGGUGCCAAAACGCACCCUGGAGAGCGGCUACCACUUCAUCUUCCCUGACCUGUCUGGAGCCCUGAAGGACGUUGUGGCUUGAGAACUCCUCGGUUUGGCUGGGUUGGGUCUUGUUUUUGUGAAGUCCCUGGCUCACAUGCCUUCCCCUGGAUGAAAGAGGGUAGUUAUGCCCCUUCUUGACGUCUCCCCAUCUCCAUACAGAGAGAGUGAGCAAUCUUUUCCCCUUGUGGCUCCCUUUGUGCAUCCUCAGUUUUGGAGUCAUCCCUGUUAUUGCCAACUGCAAUCUCCACUUUACCUGCUUUUGGGGAAGGGCACAAGCUCCUCUAAGGAUUGUGACUGCCAUCUUCCCUUUCCCACAGCGUGCAUGUGGGCUGGUCGCAGAGCAACUGCGGGGUGUAAUAUCUCCUCCCCUGAGAGACAGGCAUGGCAUCAGGAAAGGGAUGUUCAGAUGUCGUAGUUCUCCUCCAUGUUACUGGAAGUCCCUCUUCCUGUUUUUCCCCAUGUCUUUACCUCACGGUCACAUAAAGAGCUAGUUAUGGCUCUUC